AUGCCGAUUCAAGAGCUCAAAACGGGCGAAGACGUCGCCGCGUUCAUCAAGGACCCGUCGCCGGCGGUGCUUCAUUUCUUUGCCACGUGGGCGCCGAGCUGUGAGCAAGUGAAUCAGCUGCUCGACGAUCUUCUGGCCGAAAUCGCGUUGCCACUUCGCGCGGCGUACAUUGAUGCGGAAGCGCUGCCAGGAAUCUCGCUGAAUUUCAAAAUUACAGCCGCACCGACGCUGGUUUUCUUUAGUAAUGGCAAAGAAGUGGACCGUGUCGAUGGCUUCAUUCCGAAAGAGAUCCAAUCCAAAGUGGUCCUUGUCGCCAGCCGCUCUCUCUCCCAAUCCUCUUUAGACUCCAACUCCACCAUCUCCUCCUCAACGCCUUCAUUGACUCCAGAACAGGAGAAGGAUGCUCUCAACAAUCGUCUCAAAUCUCUGAUCAACUCUCACCGAGUUAUGCUUUUUAUGAAAGGAAAUCCAUCGUCGCCACGUUGCGGAUUCUCCAGAACCAUUGUGGAUCUUUUGAACACCCAUAACGUCGAGUUUGGAUCCUUUGACAUCUUCUCCGAUGAAGCUGUACGUCAGGGUUUGAAGGAGUACUCCAACUGGCCAACGUAUCCACAGUUGUAUCUCGAUGGAGAGCUUGUCGGAGGACUGGAUGUCGUUAAGGAGGAGUUCCAAGAUCAAGGAUUCAUUGAUGGACUGCCGAAAGUUGGAGGAUCAGGAAAGGAAGAUCUGGAGAAGAGACUCAAGGAUCUCGUUUCAUCGCAUCGGUUGAUGUUGUUCAUGAAGGGGAAUAAGGAAAUGCCGAAGUGCGGAUUCUCGAGGACUAUUGUGGAGUUGUUGAACAAUGCACGCGCCGAUUUUCACACUUUUGAUAUUCUGGAGGAUGAGGAAGUUAGACAGGGAUUGAAGGAAUUCUCCAACUGGCCAACCUACCCACAACUCUAUCUCGAUGGCGAGCUCAUCGGCGGACUCGACGUUGUCAAGGAGGAACUUCUGGACACCCAUUUCUUGCGUCAGAUUCCCAGAAUUCGGAAUGAAUGA